ACUUACUUUGGUGGAUAUUUUUAAACUCCCAUGUUAUGAUACACUAAUGUGGUAUUCUUGCUCAGUUUGUGUCCUUGAUAAAUCCAGCAAUCAGUGUUUACCUUGAGAUCUUGCGCGAUGGCUACGAGUCCUUUGCUAUGUAUUGCUUUGGGAGAUAUCUUAUUGCCUGCUUAGGUGGUGAAGAUAGAACUAUUAGAUUUAUGCAGAGAGAAGGGCGUGCAGGUUCAAAGGCACCCCUACUAGGUCAUGGUCAUGAGAAAGGAACUAUAAAGCAUCCUUUUCCAAUGAACAUUUUUUUCAAGCCCUGGAAACUGGGUCAUUGGGUUUACCAAGUUUUCAAGUUUGGAAUUGUCCAAUAUAUGAUAAUUAAAGCAUUUACUGCUAUAUUAGCCGUUAUCCUUGAAGCUCUUCAUGUCUAUUGUGAAGGAGACUUCAAGUGGAACUGUGGGUACCCUUAUAUGGCCGUGGUUAUAAAUUUCAGCCAAUCAUGGGCAUUAUAUUGCUUAGUGCAGUUUUACACUAUUACAAAGGACGAAUUGUCUCAUAUCAAGCCGCUAUACAAGUUCUUAACAUUCAAGUCAAUUGUUUUUUUGACUUGGUGGCAAGGUGUGGCCAUUGCACUUCUCUAUAGUCUUGACUUGCUUAAGAGCCCAGUUGCUCAAUCCUUGCAGUUUAAAUCAAGUAUUCAAGACUUCAUCAUUUGUAUUGAGAUGGGGAUUGCUUCAACGGUUCACCUUUAUGUUUUUCCUGCUAAACCAUACGAACUGAUGGCCGAGUACUUCCCUGGAGCUAUUUCAGUUCUUGGAGACUAUGUAUCUGCAGAAUGCCCCAUAGAUCCUGAUGAAGUUAGAGACAGCGAGCGCCCCACUAAACUGCGCCUUCCUCAACCCAAUACUGAUGCCAGGAGUGGAAUCAAUAUCAAAGAGAGUGUCCGGGAUGUUGUUCUUGGUGGAGGCGAAUAUAUAGUGAAUGAUGUGAGAUUCACAGUGACACAUGCAGUGGAGCCAGUGGAGAAGGGAAUCACAAGAUUUAACGAGAAACUACACGAGCUAUCCCAAAACAUGAAGCGGCGCAACAAGGAAGAGAGGAGAACCAAGGAUGACAGUUGCAUUGCAACAUCAUCAUCUCCUACACGGAGGAGAGUCAUACGUGGGAUUGAUGAUCCCCUUCUGAAUGGGAGUGGCAGUGAAAGCUCGGCAUCUGGAAGAGGAGGGGGGAGGAGGAGGAAGAUGAAAGAGGGUCGCAAAGCGGGGUACACCAGUGAAAGUGGCUUGGAAAGUAGCAGUACUGAGAGUAGGUACAGUGAUUUCCUUGUCCGGGGCAAUAGGUGGGUAACUAAGGACUGAUAAAGCUGAGGAUGGCCAUGGUUCUUUGGGUGUUAAGAACCCAAAACAGCAUGAUGUUGAGCUUUUCCACUAGCAUUACCCAAUCCCUUUUCAUUCAAUACAGGUUCCAGCUGCUCUCUAACCCCUCCCAGUGUUAUUAAAUCCGGACCGGACCCGGUGGUCGAACCAGCCGAUCGCGAACCGAACGCGUAACUGGUCAGGUCCAACCCCCCAAAACCUGUAAAAACCCAGGAAAAUUAGGACCCGGCCUCCUCGCCGGUUCGACGUCCGGUCCGGGGUUAAAAUCAUUGACCCCUCCUGGAGCCGAAAUUCUUCCAUUUUUACCUUGGAAAUUAUGUACAUCCUUCAACUGUUGUCUCCUUUACCCAAGAGGCUCUGACGGCAAGGACGUAUUUGGAAGCUGCGAAUUUUCUUUUUGCUCGUUAGAAAAUUCAAAAUCCAUAAUAGUCUGUCCUUUAUUUAUUUUUCUAUUUGACUUUGAGUACGAUUUUUUAUACUCCCUUCGUUCCAAAAUAAUUGUUUCAUUCCACU